AUGACUGACGAAGAACAGCGUCACAGAUUGGUGGUCCUUGGCUCAGGUCGAGUUGGAAAGACCUGCCUACUGCAAUGCCUCCUCAACAACAAAUUCAUCGAGGCCUACCGACCAACCGUUGAAGAUUUACACUGCAAGACAUUCGUCUACAACGGUGGAGUCAUCUCGGUCGAUAUUCUAGAUACAGCUGGCAAUCUCGAGUUUCCAGCCAUGAGACGUCUGUCUAUAUCAACGGCUCAAGCUUUCUUACUCGUCUUCGUCCUUGGUAACAAGGAAUCCUUCGAAGAAGUCAAAAAUCUUUGGAAUCAAAUCCAAGAACAAAAAUCAAACAUCAACGACUUACCUCGUGUUAUUGCCGCCAACAAAUGUGACCUCGCCACCGAAUCGUACCGACUGAUCGCCAUGGAGGAGCCGCUGGAAUGGGCAAGACAGUACGGUCUUUCGGAUGCUCUGGUCGAAGUUUCGGCUAAAACCGGAGAAAAUGUUAAAACGUUGUUUCGA